UGGCUUGAACAUUUUUGACAGAGACAGUUUUUGUUAUUGAUGUUAAUAUCAUUUUGUCAAAGGAUAAUAAAAAAUAAAAAGUAAUUUAUCAUCAUCACACGACGAUAAAACAUGUUUAGGAGAAGUUCUAUCAAGUAUUUGGCAUCAAAAAUUUUACGACGAGGAUAUACUUUUUUCAUUGUAAUUUUAAUUGUGAUAUGCAUAAUAAGCGUUCCCAAAUAUCAAAACUACAGAGAAACACUUCGAAUUAAUGAAGAAGUCCUCCGAGAUCCAUCCUUUAUUACCAUUCAAUAUACUUUAGGAAGAUUAGGAAAUCAAAUGGGGACUUAUGCAGCAUUAUUUGGAUUAGCAGAUUUAAAUAACAGAACACCAUAUGGGUUUCACUAUGUGAUGAAUUACCUCAGGCCUUAUUUUCGUGUUACUGCUGGUGAAAUUUAUAAUGUCCCAAGUUAUAUGAAGAGAGAAUAUGCUUUAAGAACUUAUUUGUAUCCAGAAGAUAAACAUAUACCAGCCGACAGAAAUUUUCUAGGUGGAUAUCAGUAUCCUUAUUCUUAUACAUUUUUUCAUCAUGCUAGGCAUAAAAUAUUGAAAGAAUUUCAAUUUCAUGAUCAUAUCACGUCUUAUGCUUUUUCUAUUUUGAAAUCCUAUAAAGAAAAACGUCCAACAGCACUGUUGAUUGGUGUCCAUGUCAGAAGAUCAGAUUAUUGCUCAUGGUUAAGACAUUAUAAUGGAAGGGAAGUUGAUUUAAAGUAUUUCGAAAAAGCUAUGCUGUAUUUUAAGAGAAAAUACCACGAUGUUAUUUUUGUAGUAGUCAGUGACGAUAGGACAUGGUGUAGAAAAAAUUUGGGCCAUUUACCUGAUGUUGCUAUACCACCGGAACCUGAAAAACCUAUAUACGAUAUGGCUACUUUAGCUUUAUGUAAUCAUACCAUUAUGACUUAUGGAACAUUUGGAUUUUGGUCUGCAUAUUUGGCUGGUGGCGAAACUGUAUAUUUUGCUGAUUAUUUAGCACCAAAUUCGUCUUUUUUAUUGCAUCACAUGCCUUACAAUAAAACAUAUUUACCGAACUGGAUAGGUAUAUCUACUACAAAACCUGAUUAUUGGAACACUUUCAAUUUCGAUACAAAAACGAAGUUUUGCCCGUGAUAAAAGCUAAGCAGUGUAGAAGUAAUUUAAUUACAAAUUCUUACAAAUGUUUAAUUAUUAAUUCUUAAAAAUUUUUAACUGUGUGAACAAGAACUUAAUGGCCUAAAUAUAAAAUGCAAUGUUAGAAAGUCAGUUUAAUUUUACAUAUGGGUACCAAAGGAACGGCAAAGUGAAGAUGAAUUUCAAAGGGGAGUGACUAUUUGUAUAACGAAAACGUGACAUCACUAGUAACUAUGCUAAUCUAUAAAGAUAUAAAGUGUGUAUAUUUGAUGGGUUUGAUAUAUUUUAAAUUUAAUUUGUACAACCUAUUUAUUCUUAAUCUCAAAAUUCUUAGAAAUACAUUUGUUUUUUUUUUCACAUGAGAGCAUGUUUAAUAAUAAAACAAUUUAUAAAACAAGACCGCACAGGUCAAGGAGUAGAACGGAGAGAAAAUCCAGAUUGAAAAAGUUGUUGCCAAAAGACACGACACCAUCCCUCGCACAAAUACCUCUGCAGAAUUAAGCACAAUCCGAAUUUCAUUACACUGCACUGUAUUUUACUACAUAUAUGUAAAAUUUAGCUGAAUUUUUUUAAAAGAAUUUUUUCUCAUAACAUAUGUAAUUUUUCAUUACAAAUUUCAUUUGAUUAUAAGUUAUUUAUAUUGGAUUUCACCAAUGGAUCUCCGAAAUGGAUAUCCCUAAUUUUAAUAUACUUCAAUGGCAGCUGGAUGGCCGAGAAGUUAAAGAUAUCAGCCUACAGCUCUGAGGAACCUGGGAUAAAGUUCGGACGGAGAACCGCAGGAUAUUCUCAUGGACAGACUGUUCCGGAUAUGUCAGGGCCCGUUCUUCAUUUUGCUAGGCCCAUAAUGGGGAGGGCCCAUUGUGGAUCUAUCUGAACCCAUAGUGGGCUUAGAAAAGAGGCCCUCUUUUUCCUAUAGGGUAGAAAGAGCUGAAAAUGGAAAAAAAGGUUUUAAUUUGCUUCUGGAAUGCAGCUCACAUUUUAAAUCAUGAUUGUUCUAUAUACUGUAAUGUUAUACGAUAUAUUGUAUUUUGAUAUAUUUAUUGUAAUUUACAAUGAUUGAUAAU